GUGAGAUGUCUUAGUGGUGCUAAAAAACAGCAGUAAACGGCUGGCUUGGCAAAAAUAGAAUGGCCGCUGGAUCGGGUAUAAAAAGGCGAAUGUCAAGCGUGGGCAUUCUCAAAUCCAUAUCAUUCACACCAGACAACGUCAAGAUACUAAAAAAACACCCCACCCAAACCCCUCCCCUACAACUGCCAAGAAUGUCUUUCUUCAGCUCGUCCAACAAGCACACUACCGCCAACAAGGUCGUCCUCAGCUCAAAGAUUGGUAGCGCCGGUGAAGGCAACAACUCAUUUGACGCUCUUGAAUACCUGACCGGGUCUCUUGGCAGCGCCGGAUCCAGCAGCGGCCCGACAUUCUACGCGCAGCAAUAGAUAUAACUUUAUACUUUAAUCAACUUUGUAUCGAUUCAAACCGAAUAUAUUUGUGUAUUAUUCAGUGAAAACUCUCCAGGUGACGUUGCCAUGUAGAAAAAGUAUUCGGGCUGGAUUUGGCCAAGGCGCAGCAAGUGGAUAUGAGGCCAGAGCUAUUGUGCACUGUUUC